AUGUAUCGUCAGAUACUGAUUCACGAGUCGCAACUGCAUCUGCAACGGAUAUUAUGGCGCGAAAGUCCGAGUUCGCCGGUCGACAUAUAUGAACUGCUUACGGUUACAUACGGCACGGGCUCGGCACCGUUCCUCGCGACGAGAUGUCUUCAGCAUUUGGCGCAAAAACAUGCUCUCGACUAUCCCGCGGGGGCACAAUGCGUUCUUCGAAACUUUUACGUGGAUGAUUUGCUCGCCGGCGCCAAUACAUUGCUCGAUGCGAGGCGCAUACGUGACGAGGUCAUAGCAUUUUUGAGACGUGAACGGUUCGAGCUUGGCAAGUGGGCAUCGAACAGCCGAGAAUUAUUACAAGGUGUCAGUAACACAACGAGCAUAGAAGUGUCAUUGAGCGACGAGGCGGAUUCGAAAAUAUUGGUGGUGGCAUGGAGUCCGCUCAGCGACGAGUUUCGUAUUAAAUGUAAUUGCGGCGCGCCAACGAAUAAUAUAACAAAGCGAACAAUCUUGUCGGAGAUCGCAAGUCUCUUCGACCCGCUGGGAUUGCUGGGGCCGCUGACGGUCGUGGCAAAAAUGAUCAUGCAGGAUGCGUGGCAAUCUCAUGUCGGGUGGGACGAGGCGUUGCCGCAAGAUUUGCAUCAGCGGUGGCUGGACGUAAAGCGGCAUUUGGCGCGCCUUCACGAAUUGCGUGUGCCACGCUUCGUCGGAUUUCGGGCCAACGCGCGCGAUUUACAAAUACACGGCUUUUGCGACGCAAGCGAGCGCGCAUACAGCGCGUGCGUAUAUAUGAGAACGCGCGAUUCCGACGGGUGCCGCGUACAAUUAUUAAUCUCUAAAUCGCGAGUAACACCGCUUAGAGCGGUUUCAUUGCCGCGUCUGGAACUGAGCGCUGCGUUACUGCUGUCUGAAUUGAUUGAAAAGAUUCGCGCAUCGAUUAGCGUAUCGAGCUCAGAGGUGAUUCAAUGGACGUAUUCCACAAUUGCAAUACAUUGGAUAUCGUCAUCGUCCCGUAAGUGGAACGCGGCCAAUCGCGUCGGCGAGAUUCAACGCCUGACCGAGAGAUCGAGCUGGCGACACGUGCCGUCUGCUCACAAUCCCGCGGAUAUCUUAUCGCUCGGCGUCGAUUUGGCGGGCUUAAUAGAAUCGGCGAUUUGGUGGAACGGACCUACGUUCCUGCGAUUAACUGAGGAACAUUGGCCGGCCAAAUUGCAUGUCGACUUGUCGGGCGAAUUGCCGGAACAAAAAAGAGUAACCGCGGCGUUAGGGUCCUUGGAACAAUCGAUCGUAAAAAAUUUAUUGGACAAGCAUUCCGAUUUAAACAAGGCAUUGCGAAUCAUCGCUUACUGCCUGCGAGUGGCACAUUCGCGGGGAACCCGGCAUCAGACGAUGUUUAUUUCAUAUCAUGAGAUAGCAGUCGCUCUGCGUGUCGCCGUAAGAUGCGUACAGAAGCACUCCUUCCCAAGGGAAUACAAACAGUUGAUCGAGGGUCGGAGCGUUGACGGCGGAAGUCGAGUUUUACCGUUAGCUCCGUUUAUGGAUGAGCACGAAAUCAUUAGAGUGGGGGGCCGAAUACGCAAUGCAGCGUUGCCAUAUGACGCGCGACACCCUGUGCUAUUGUCGAAAAGUCACCGAUUGACGAUUCUGAUCAUACAGCGAGAACAUGUAAAAAAUCUGCACUCGUAUCUGCAGGCCACGAUGCACGCGGUGCGUCGGCGAUUUUGGCCUCUGGCGGCGCGUUCAAUUGUGCGAAGGGUAAUUCACGAUUGCGUGACUUGCUUCAAGUGUAGGCCGGCUGCAUCACAGACACUGAUGGCAGAUCUGCCCGUACAGCGUGUUACGGUCUCGAGACCGUUUAUUCAUUGCGGGGUGGAUUAUGCUGGACCGAUGUUACUAAAAAAGAGCAGGAGACGCAAUGCCAGAUUGCACAAGGCAUAUAUUUCAGUGUUCGUUUGUUUUUCGACCAAGGCCGUACACCUUGAAAUUGUAACGGAUUUGACAUCAGAGGCCUUUCUCGGAGCCUUUAAGCGCUUCAUGUCGCGCAGAGGCAGACCGUCGUGCAUGUAUUCUGACAAUGGCACAACAUUUGUCGGCGCGCGUAAACAGAUAAAGGAGCUCUAUAACUGUAUUAAUGAUCACGAUACGCGGCUUGCGAUGCAGCGUUUCAUGCGAGAUAACGAGAUUGAAUGGCGUUUCAUACCACUUCACGCUCCGUAUAUCGGUGGGUUGUGGGAGGCGGCCGUGAAGUCGGCGAAAUCUCAUAUUAAUCGAGUAUUAGGUAACGCGAAUCUCACAUAUGAGGAGAUGCAAACCGUGUUAUGCGAAGUAGAAGCGGUUUUAAAUUCGCGACCGUUGACCCCAUUAAGCGAGGAUCCAAACGAUCUGCAUUGUAUCACACCGGGGCAUUUUUUGAUUGGUGCAGCGCUAAACAGCUUUCCAGUUGCAGAUCUCACAGAGGAGAAUCCGGGCCGACUGCUGCGAUGGCAGCGUGUGGAGCAGCUUUGGCAACAUUUUUGGAAAAGCUGA